AUGGACAACACCAUGGCCCUCUUCUUGCUCUCUCUGCUGCAGAUUUUCAGUGCAGGGACAGCAGCUCCUCUACCAGGGGACAUAGUCACCAUGAGGUCUAAAAUCAAACUGAACGCUGAACAGCUGGUGUACAAGAUAGAAAGAGACUUUCAGGUCCCCAUGGGUCUGACAUUGAGCCCACCUACAGAUAACGUGGAUGGACUUUACUCCAUAGUGAUGGUUCUAGAGGGCUACGAGAGCCUGCUCUCUGACACCCUCGAUGGGCUUCCCCAGCUGAAGCAGGAGGUCUCUUCGCUGAGAGGAUACCUCGAUCACUGGAAGCAGGGACUCUGCACCGAGCAGCGGCCGAAGCCCCCGGUGCAGGGGCGGCUGGCUGAGCUGCAGAGCCGCAAAGAAUAUAUCCACACUGUGAGCAUUGAGGCCGUCAUGGGACUGAAGGAGUUCCUCAACCAGCUGCUGAAGAACCUGGAUCGUCUUGAGACUUGUUGA